GCCGCUACAAUCUGUGAGUCCUCUAAUCUCUCUCUCUCUCUCAAGCAGUGCUCCAUCUCAGAUCUAACUCGAUUUUACUGUGCUUUUCCAGUGGUUCUAGAUCUCUAUCUCCUCAAAUUCGACUCUGCUCCUACUGAGAUCGGACUUUUCUUUCUACCAAGGAUAUUAUUAUGGAUAAUAAUUCCUUGAUGCUCAUUGAUAACAAUGGCUCUUUUGAGAUUGAUGACCAAUCCCAUACCGAUGCCGACCAUACCCCUUCCUUGACUUUGUUCACUCCCACUAGGCCCACUGAGGAUCUGCCUAAUGCCGACACUGACGAUGGCUUGCUCCCUGAUCCUGGCACUCUUCCCACCAAGCGCAGGAGGAAGAAGUCUAUGGUCUGGGAGCACUUCACCAUUGAAACUUCUAGCCCUGGAUCUACCAAAGCUUGCUGCAAGCACUGCCGCAAAUCUUUCGCCUACAUUACUGGCCAAAAGUUGGCAGGAACUAGCCAUCUUAAGCGUCACAUUCAGUUGGGUAUUUGUCCUAUGAGCCGAGACACCAGCACCCACGCACAGAUCCUUGGCUCCAAAGAUCCCAGCACUGCUCCUCCCAAGAAACGCCAGAGGUCUUCUGCUUCCUACAUCCCUCUAGAUCAAGAUCGUUGCUACAAUCAGAUGGCAAAGAUGAUUAUCAUGCAUGAUUAUCCCCUUCACAUGGUCGAGCAUUCUGGAUUUACUGGUUUCGUGCAGGCCCUUCGUCCCCAGUUCACUAUGGCAAGCUUCAAUACCAUUCAUGCUGAUUGUGUCAAUAUGUACUUGUCCGAGAAGCACAAACUUUCAAACUUCAUCAGUGAGAUUCCUGGCCGAGUUAACCUUACCGUUGAUCUCUGGACCUCUAAUCAAUCAGUGGGUUAUGCGUUUCUGACUGGUCACUUCAUCGAUAGGGACUGGAAUCUAACUCACAGGCUUCUAAAUGUUGCUGUUGUUCCUUCUCCUGAUUCAGAUUUUGCUCUAAACCAGCCUAUUGCAGCUUGUUUAUCCGACUGGAAUCUGGAGAGAAGGCUUUCCAGCCUCACUGUUGGGCAGUCACUAGUAAAUAAAACCUCUAUUGAAAACCUCAGAUGCUGUUUGUCUGCCAGGAACCAGAAUGUAUUGAAUGGUCAGUUGUUGUUGGGUAAUUGCUAUGCUCGCCUCCUAAGCAGUAUGGCGCAAGAUCUCCUUGGAGCUGAGGAUUUUAAAACACCCAUCAAAAAAGUCCGUGAUAGCGUGAAGUAUGUGAAAACCAAAGAUAGUUGCGAAGAGAGGUUUGAUGAACUGAAGGGACAACUUCAAACCCCUUCUACCAAAGAUCUUCUCAUUGACAACCAGACGAAAUGGGACACAAGUUACAACAUGUUAUUGGCUGCCUGUGAACACAAAGAGGUCUUUUCUUGUUUGGGAAACUGCGAUCUUGAUUAUAAAAUGUCAACAUCUCCUGAAGAAUGGAGAAAGAUUGAGAUCCUUUGCUCGUGCUUGAAGAUUCUUUUUGACGCGGCCAAUGUUUUGACUGGCUCAACUCGAUUGACAGCAAACGAUUUGUACCAUGAAAUGACAAAGCUUCAGCUAGAGCUAAGCCACUCAGCCAUGAGUGAAGAUCCAGAUGUCAGAAACCUGGCGAACCCACUGAAAGAGAAGUUUGACGAGUACUGGAGAGAAUGUUUCCUGCUUUUGGCAGUUGCUGUGGUGAUGGAUCCGCGCUUCAAAAUGAAGCUUAUUGAGUUUAGUUUCUCUAAGGCUUAUGGGGAAGAUGCAGAUAAAUGGAUCAGGAGUGUUGAUGAUGCUGUACAUGAGCUGUACAAUGACUAUGCUGAACAGAGUCACUCCCUGCUGGAUGCUUAUGUAGGCCACGGGAAUGAUGGCUUUUCUGAAACAGAUAUGUCUCAAGUUCACUUCCAUCAUGAAUACCACAACUCAAAUGGGCUUUCACAUGAUCAAAUAUUUGAACAGCCUGAAGAUGGAAAUCCACUGAAUGAAAAACCUUUGGAGGGACUCUCUGGAGAAGGUCAGCAAACGGGGACAGUAUCGGUGGAAGGCAAUACCACACAGGGAGUAGAACAAGAAGGCCAGUUGGGUGAUGCCGGUACACAGGAGAACCAUAUCAUGGAAGAGAGCAAACCAAUGGAGGGAUUGACACAAGAGUCUCUUCUGACAGAAGAAAAUCUGCAAUCCAAUCAGGAGCUAACUCCGGCACAGGAGAGCCGGCUAACAGAUGAGACAUCCCAUGAGAACCAGGCAAUGGAGGAAACACACGCGAACCAGUCAGCUGAGGAGAUGGCCCAUGAGACCCAGCUGGCUGAGGAAAUUCCAUGUGAGAGCCAGCCUUCUGAGGACGUAACCCUUCAGAGCCAGCCAGUGGAAGAGAUACCACAGGAGAGUCAGCUAGUGGAGGAUACAGAUAUGAACCAAGACGGCCAGUCGGGGGAAGGAAAUGUACCGGAGACACAACCAAUGGAGGAAAUCGUUGAAGACACUCAACCUGUUGAAGAAGUGGUGCAGGAAGAAACAUCACAGGUGAGCCGGCCAGUGGAGGAUAUUCCACCACAGAGCCAUCCCAUUGAGGAAAUACCGCUGGAAAAUCAGCAAGUGGAUGAUACGGAUAUAACCCAUGACAUACAGCCGGUCGAGAAAAUGCUUGAGGACACUCAACCAGUUGAGGAAGUGGAUCAGGAGGCACAACAGGUGGAGAAGCAGGAUGACAUUCAUUCUGUUGAGGAAGUAGGACAUGAGAUACAGCCGGAGGCGGAAUUGCUGGAGGACACUCAACCAGUUGAGGAAGUGGCUCAGGAGGCAGAACUGUUGGAGGAAAACCAUGUUGAUAUUCAGCCAGUUGAGGAAGCAGGACAUGAGACUCAGCCAGUUGAGGAAGUGGCACAUGAGGCUCAGCCAGUGGAUCAAAUUCCCGAACACAGCCAAAUCCCUCAAAACGCUGAUGGUAUUCUCAGCGAAGAAUAUUCUCGUGAAGGUAAAGCUGUACAAGAAGAGCAGCAAGCAGAUGAGGGUAUAGCCUCAGACCAACAUCCUCAAUCACAUGCAAUGCCACAGGAAGAAGAGGCACAACAUGAUUCUCAGUCACAUGCAAUGCCACAAGAAGAAGCCACAUUUACAAUCUCUCAAGAAGGUCACCACGUUGACGUCCUUCUCCAGGAAGGCCACCACCUUGAAGCAUCUUCACAGGAGUUUCCCCUCAUCACCAUUGGAGAUGGGUUCUCAGACUUUGAGCUUUACAUCUCCGAGGUAGGCAGUCACCAACAGAUGAAAUCAGAACUCGACCAAUACCUGGAGGAAUCUCUAAUACCUCGAUCACAGGAUUUUGAGGUUCUAGGCUGGUGGAACCUGAACCGAACCAAAUACCCAACCCUCACCAAGAUGGCGGCUGAUGUUUUGUCACUACCCUUUUGCACUGUCUCUCCAGAUUCUGUUUUUGACACGGAGGUGAAAAAGAUGGAUAAUUACAGGAGCUCCCUUCGACAUGUGACCUUGGAAGCUCUCUUCUGCGCAAAGGACUGGUUCAAGCACAGCUCCUCCAGUUCCACCUCAGAAAACAACCUGAAGAGGGAGUCUUGAGGUGUCCUUGUUAUCAUUCCUUGUCCUUAGAUUUAGUUUGAGCUUUACCAUAUUUUGCUUUGGUCACUGUAGGCUAAUCUGGAUUUUUAGCCUUGUGCUUGCUUAUGCUUUUUUUUUUACCAUAUGUCUCUCUUUGGGGGUUGUUUAUGUAUGUUGUGAUUGAUGCUGAUAUGAUGAUUUGAUGUUACAAUGCGGCAUCGUAGAAAUUAUUUUACUUUCUGUCUCUCAAUAUCUCUUCUAGGUCAGAAUUUGUAGUGAACUAUUCAUAAGUUUCUCUUUUGUUGUUUCUGGGCAGCUGGGAAUCUGUUUGCAUGUUGCUUUUUAGUUUUGUUCGCCCACCAUAAUCAACAUAUAUUUAAUCA